UAACCGAUUUUUAUAAUCCGACUGUACUAUAAGAACGUCAAAUCGCCGAUGCCGUGCCCGAUGACUACCGAUUACGACGAAGACGCCGGGAACGUCAGUGCAGUGCCAGUAUCUGUGGUGCAACAGUGUAGAGGCUAUCCUAUUGACUGCUCUUUUUAACCAAAUCUUUUGCUACUAUGUUAAAAUAAACUUGAUUGUGUCUUCUCGACGCGUUUUUUGAUAAAUUCGUUGUGCUAGUGGUGGUUAAUGGUCUUAUGCAGUUUCUACUUAACGUGAAAAAAUUCCACCUGAAAUCUUUUGCAGAGAAUCCGUUGUUCCAGAAUGCUCUAAAACGAAAUGUGGUAACCCAUAUCAUUACGUGUUCAAGAUUAAACACAACUGUGGAAGAAGAAAUGCCGCCAUCGAAUUUACAUUGCUGACAGUUAUUUAGUUUCGUUAAAAUAAUAAACGAUAAUGCUUCCUUGGACAAUUUGUAUAUUGACAAGUCUUCUUGUCCCGUCAUGUCAACCGACGCCUCAUCGAGGUCGACAUCAUCCCUCGGAACCACACGCCGAAGCUUUUCAUAUAUCACGUGACACAUUCGAUCCGCACCGAGACUCCGAAGAGUUUAGAAGGGACGGUACCGACGAAAAAAGGGAUUUUACUAGAAGGGAUUCAACGGAAGACGAUCCUUUAGUGAUAGAAACUAAAAAAGGAAAAAUUAGAGGAAUGACAGUUACUUCGGCUACUGGUAAAAAGGUGGACGCUUGGUUGGGAAUACCGUACGCUCAAAAACCGUUAGGGAAUUUGAGAUUCCGCCAUCCGCGACCUAUAGAAAAAUGGGAAGGCGUUCUAAAUACGACCGAACAACCGAAUUCCUGCGUACAAAUAAUCGAUACGGUGUUCGGCAAUUUCGCCGGUGCCACGAUGUGGAACCCCAACACGCCAAUAAGCGAGGACUGUCUAUAUAUAAACGUGGUGGUACCUAAGCCGAGACCGACGAACGCGGCCGUAAUGGUAUGGGUAUUCGGCGGCGGUUUUUAUUCCGGUACCAACACUUUGGACGUGUACGACCACAACAUUUUGGUGUCCGAAGAGAACGUGAUAUUAUGUUCGAUGCAAUACCGCUUGGCCUCGUUGGGUUUCUUGUAUUUCGGCACGUCGGACGUGCCCGGCAACGCCGGUAUGUUCGAUCAAAUGAUGGCCCUGCAAUGGAUCAAGGACAACAUCGCGACUUUCGGCGGCAAUCCCAACAACAUAACCUUAUUCGGCGAAUCCGCCGGAGCGGUGUCGGUGUCGUUGCAUCUCCUUUCGCCGCUCUCGAGGAAUUUAUUUUCGCAGGCCAUAAUGCAAAGCGGCAGCCCCACGGCGCCCUGGGCGAUAAUAUCGAGGGAGGAGAGCGUCUUGAGGGGGAUCAGAUUGGCGGAGGCGGUCGGUUGUCCCCACGAUCGCGACGAUUUGAAUUCCGUAAUCGAUUGCCUGAAGAAGAAGGACCCCGUCGAGCUGGUGAACAACGAAUGGGGUACGUUGGGGAUAUGCGAAUUCCCUUUCGUUCCAGUUAUAGACGGGGCGUUUUUGGACGAACACCCCGUCCGCGCGUUGGCCAACAAGAAUUUCAAGAAAACGAAUAUCCUGUUGGGUUCCAACACCGAGGAAGGCAAUUACUUCAUCAUAUAUUAUUUGACCGAAUUGUUCAGGAACGAGGAGAACGUUUACGUUAAUAGACAGGAAUUUUUGCGUGCCGUUACCGAACUAAAUCCUUACGUGAACGCCGUCGCGAGACAGGCGAUCAUAUUCGAAUACACCGAUUGGUUGAACCCCGAAGAUUCAGUCAGCAACCGAAACGCUUUGGACAAAAUGGUCGGCGAUUACCAGUUUACGUGUAACGUUAACGAAUUGGCGCAUAGAUACGCGGAAACUGGUAAUAAUGUGUAUAUGUACUAUUACAAGCAUAGGAGUGUCGCUAAUCCUUGGCCCUCGUGGACAGGUGUUAUGCACGCCGAUGAAAUAAACUACGUUUUUGGAGAACCCCUGAAUCCAACUAGAAGUUAUACUGCUCAAGAAGUAGAUCUCAGUAAAAGAAUUAUGCGUUAUUGGGCUAAUUUUGCAAAAACAGGUAAUCCUAGUUUGAGUCCGAACGGUGCGUGGACGCCGACUUUUUGGCCUCUACACACGACUUACGGUAGAGAAUAUUUGACUUUAGACGUGAAUUCGACUGCGACCGGUAGGGGGCCCAGGCUAAAGCAGUGUGCCUUUUGGAAAAAAUACCUUCCUCAGCUGCAGCAGAUGACGGGUAAGUUUAUAAACGAAACGAAACGGAUUUCUGCGCAGUACGAUUUCUACACGGGUUUUUAUACGCAUAAUCAAACUGAUAAUAUUAAUAAUAACACCAUAACUAAAAAUUCCGUCGAUGAAAAUUACGUCGUUAUAACUGAAAAUGUAAUUUCAAGUCGCAAUAACACGGAGAAAACGAAUUUGUUAAAAUCCGAUGACGUAAAUCCGAAUAAUUCAUCGUUAAAUAAUAAUUCGUACGUUGUUGCCAAAUAGGGUAUCAAAGAAAUCCCAAUUCCCAAUUGUGAAUUAAAAUUUUUAUUAUCCCGAAACGUUGAAGGUUUUUUUUUUUGUCGAAGUUCGAUGAUUUUAAUACCGAAUUACACUUUUCUCAGUGUAUUUCACUGUCUAUAUAUUUGGUCGGUUCUUUUUUUAAAGCAGUGUUGCCAGUUCAAUCAGAUUUCCUUUAAUACGAAUAUCUCGGAACAAAACUGAAAAUUAAAGGUUUUUUUUAUUGAUUUUAGAAGAAAAUCGUGUAAUAAUAUCGUUUUUAUUCAAAUACAGGUACGAUUUCCCCUUAAAAUCUACAAAAAAAAUAUAAUUCCCAUUUUUGUUCAGAGAUAUUCACAUUUAAGGAAAUCCGAUUGAACUGGCAACGUUGCAAAGAUGCGGUAAGAACGAUUUACUUCCGGAGAUACCGGAAGCGGCCAUUAUGUCAGGGAGACAAACAGAUAUCGAACCGUGAAUAAAUUUGUUCAAUAGAACGCAUCACUAUCUAUCUGUGUGUGAAAAGUCGUGAUUGACGCAUGCGCAAUAGAGUUUCUGUGAAAAAACUAUACAAAAACCCAACCUAACCUUACAAAAAUUACUAAAUUUUCAUUUUAUCCAUUGAUUUUUCGGGAAAAUAAUGCAUACGCAUACUUUUUUCACGGAAACUCUUCUGCGCAUGCGUCAAUCAUCAUGAUUUUUCAUACACAGAUAGGUCCUGAUGAGUUCUAUCGAACAAAGUCAUCCAUGGUUCGAUAUCUGUUGGCCUUCCUGAGAUAAUGGUCACUUCCGGUAUCUCCGGAAGUAAAUGUUUCCGCAUAAAAUAAAUCUUAAUACAAACAAUUUUGUCGAAUUUGAAGGAUUUCACGGCGAAAUUAUAUAUUUUGUAAAUUUUCGCAAAAAAUAUUAUUUUUUUCAAAUUAUAUACUUGCACUCCACUGUUUUAAAAUGAAUUUUCUAUUAAAAAAGAUUUUUCACAGCCAGUUGUAGUUGCAAGAAAUUCUUCGUAUAAGUCCGGCAACACUGGUAAAUUAUAUCAAAUUUAUAAUAGACAAACAAAACAUUCGAUAUAUGAUUUGUAUCAUGUGACUAGUGAUGUACACGAAACAAAACGAACUCGAUUGAAUCGGAAUCAGAGCCACGAACAAAGCUAUUCGUUCGACAGCAAACUGCAUGUACAGUGUGUUUCUGAAUUCGUGCGACAAAAUUCAGUACGUGAUUUCUCGUAUGAAAUGAAAAUGAGUUUUUCCUAUAACAAAAUUUCCUUAGCCCACCCCCUUCCCGAAAUAUCAUCCUUAAAAAAUUAGGUUAGAUUUCCUCAAAAAUUUUGAAUAUCCCUUUGUUCACGUAUUGCGGCAAAGUAGUCACUUCUGAUCUAUUUAUUAUUAUCCAUUAUUUAUCCAAACACCCUGUAUAUCAAUUUUAUCAACUUUUCUUUUAUAAUUUUAUAUAUUUUUUAAUCAUGUAUUGAAAUUUUUUAUUGUUUGUUUUUGUUUGAAACAUGAAAGGGGAUUUCGACCCCAUUUUGUUUAUUUACCAAUUUCGAAAUCUUCAAACUAGUGAGUCAAAAAACCCUGUCAUGUGAAUUUGAUGUUUAUUUUUUAUAUUUUAACAUUUAUUCUAUUUUUUUGUUUUUUUUGUCUCCCUCGUAUAUUGUUUCAAUAAAAUUCAUAAUUUACAA